GGCCUCUUUUCGCCGUCGCCAUUUUGUGUCGCAGCGAGGAAGCGAGGUUCAUUUCAGUUUGGCCUGCCCUUCGACUCGGCCGAAAUACAGCCUUUCCGUUUCUAAACUUUCUUUUUUUUCUUCUUCUUCUGCGUUUGGUUGGGGGGGGGGUGGAAUUUCGAAAGAAAAUGGUUAAAAUCUUCGUGGGCAACCUGCCGCGGCCGACAACCGCCGAGGAGAUUCGGGCUCUGUUCGAGAAGUACGGCGAAGUGAGCGAGUGCGACCUGAUCAAGAACUAUGGAUUUGUGCAUAUGGACAACAAGGAAGCAGCAAAGGAGGCGAUUGAGAACCUGCAUCACUACAAAUUGCACGGGGUCGCUAUCAAUGUGGAAGCCAGCAAGAGCAUGACCAAGUCCUCCACCAAACUCCACGUGGGUAAAGUGAGCUCCAACUGCACCAGCCAGGAGCUGCAGGCCAAGUUCGAAGAGUACGGAACAGUCCUUGAGUGCGACAUCAUCAAAGAUUACGCGUUUGUGCACAUGGAGAGGGGGGAAGACGCCAUGGCGGCCAUCAAGGGUCUGGAUGGCACUGAGUUCAAAGGUAAACGGAUUCACGUUGAACUGUCCAAGAGCCGGCUGCGAAUACAGCCUGGGAUGGGCGAGAAGAACACCUGCUUCCGGUGCGGCAAAGACGGCCAUUGGUCCAAAGAAUGCCCAACAGACCGGCAGGAGAUGGGCAUUGGAUUCGCCCACGACUACCUUGACCCCUAUGCCAUGCACCACCGGUACGGGGAGCAGCCCUUUUACGACAGUCGCUACGUUGAUUACUACGAGAAGUACCGGGCUGGGGCCUACGGAGCGGUGGGCACUCCGUACCCUGACCGCUGGGGCACCCCACUGGCUGGCUAUGGCACUUCCAUGAGGGAGCGCAUGCCCAAAGCAUUGGAGGCGUACAGCCAGAGCUCCAUAAGCCAACCCCCGACCUAUUAUGCGCGGGACCGGAGCCCCCUCCGGCGACCGACGGCAUCAACGAUCACCGACUACGCCACAGCUGCUACGGAGUAUGCUGCUGCUGCCGCUGCUGCGGCCGCCACCAACUCUGACUACGGCACGGCCGCCUCCACUGCUGAGUAUUCUGCCAGUGACUACGCCGCUGCUGCUGCCAGGUACGCUGCCCAAGACUAUGCCAACGCCAACUACGCUGCCAGCAACUAUGCCACUGCCACCUCGACCGCCGACUACGCCAGUGGAAACUACGGCACCGGUGACUACAGCGCAGGCUACGCGUACGACUACGGACAUACCAUGAGCAACAGUGCCGCCUAUUCCGCUACAGGUACAGGGAACGAGGCCUAUGCGGAACACACGCAGUACUCUGCUUAUUAGCCAAAAGUUUUGUGCCUGUUGGAAACCCAGCUCCUGUUCCCACCAUCGGAGCCAGUGGAAAGUAGCAACUCUCAGACUAGCUUCAGGUUGCAUUUUGUGGUAACUGGCGCACCAACUGUUUCUCUUGUCCGGUUUUUUUUGUUUCUGUUGGAACUGUUCCACCUUUUUUUUAACCCACCCCUCCCCACCCCCCCACCCCAAUCUGUCUCCUCCCAUUGAACCACCCCCCUCCCCGACCUCACCCAAUUCUCACUGGGAUACGGUUCCAAUAGGCGCCCUUCCCAAGUGACCCUUUUCCUUUUAUUUUUCCGUUCAGCGGGUGUCGGCAGCGCGGAGCGACGCGGCGCGGGUCAAGUGCGUGAUCUCUCGACACACGCGUACGUACGCAAGCGCGCGGGCACACGCACGCUUCCCCCCCACCCCCUACAACCCCGCUGCCCCUACCUCCCCAGGGUCUCGGGCCUAAUACGGCAGAGAGGCGCCAAGCAGAGGGAAGUUAUCCCAGGGUGCGCUGAGAACCCGGCCGACAAUUUAACUGCCUGCUCUUGUCCCUUCCCAGUCGCCAUUUUCGCCAUCGGCUGAGGCUCGAGAGGGAGAGAGAGGGAGAGAGACGGAAGUGCAGAGUGUGCACGGAGCCAGAAUGUUAGCCACUCCACCGAAAACAGAAAUUAAACUGACUGCUGCGUGGUGACGUGUGUAUGAAAUCUGAUCGCGAUCUAAGGAGGACUCCAGUGGGAGGCUGCCGCCUUGUCAGCUCCGGGAGACGGGUGUUCCCGUUUGGGUGCAGUUCCACAAAAUCUUGCAUUUGCGUAGUUCCUGUAACGCAGUAAAGCUUCCCGUGGCGUUCAAUAGGAGCAAGCGUCGAUCAAAACUUAACAGGGCGUUGCAUAUGGAGUUAUUAGUACAGGUGGCCUAAAGCUUGGCCAGAGAGCCAGGUGCCAAGGAGAAUAGGAGAGUGGGAAUUCCAGAGUUGAGUUGAGGCUAAUGAAAGCAUGAUCAGCAAUGGUCAGGUGAUGGAAAUCUGGAAUGCGCAGUAGGCCAGAAUUGGAGGAGCACAGAUCUUGAAGGUCAUAGGACUGGAAGAGAUUACAGAAAUGGAAAGGGGUGAGGCCCUGGAAGGAUCAGGGCAUAAGAACGAGAAUUUUAUUACGGAGUCAUUGCCGGAAUGGGAGCAAUGUAGAUUAGCAAGCACAGGUGAAAAAGGCUUGGUGCUGUUUAGCAUAGAAAUGGUACAGUUCGUGUUUACGGAGGGUGGGAUGCUGGCCAGGAGAGUUGGUUACAGGCGUUCCUGGAGGUAACAAAAAGCAUCCUCAGUUGUCCAUGAACCUGACUAUUGAACCUGCUCACUGUUUAUUCAGUCAGAUUUAAUCAUGUCUUCACCAUGUGUCCCCAGCAGUGGUUGCUGGCUGAAUGAUCAGAAGCUGGAACCCCGGCUGGGUUUUUUCCCCUCCCUAAUCUUGCUAACUGCCAGACAUUGCUGUAAACUCACCUCCGACCCCCAAAAGGUCCCACUCCUGACCUCCCCGCCCCCCCCCCCUCCUCCAUCCCGUCCCCAGCCUGUAGAUGCUGACCAGUCCCGGGUGACUAUUCUGCCUGACUCCUCUGUACCAUGCUGAAGUGGCACACUCCAGAAACUGAGCAACCAGAGGGAGUCGGGACAGGCAAGGAGUGAACUUCUUAAAAAAUUUUGUGAUUUUUCUAUCAUCUCUCUAACCCUCUCCUCUCUUCCCACCCAUCCCUACACCCCACCCCUACCCUUCCAGGUCUCAUACUUUUUAUAUUUUAAAAAAAACCUAGCGGGCAGUAUGUUAAAAGUGGCAGUGAAUGUUGCCCGAGCUGCUCGCUUCACGAGUUGUGUAGGUGCUCCUCCUGUGGCGAACAGCGUGUCUUUGAACAGUCUGUGAUGUGCUUCCUUUCACAGGUUUGGUAAUACCCGUUGACAAGAACCGCGGUUCCCCCUGGUAUACACACAAACUCGGGUCGUACGUUGUGCGGAUUACACUCACCGUCGGGAUAUAGCGCGGAGGACACCGGGGGAAAAUGCUAUCUAUGUACCUAAAUAUUGAUGGUUCUCUUUUUCUAAAAAAAAAAACUGCAAAAAUUGAUUUUUUUUUUCAUUUCCCAAGAUGAUCUGUGACUGUUUUGCAUUUUUUUUUUGAAGUUCUGUAUGUUGCUUCCCAUCCCCCACCCCCACCCACAAAGAAAAUAAAAUCUUUUUGGUUUUGUGUUACUGGUAACUGUUCUGUGAUGGUUGAGCUCUCUGUCUGACGUGGAAUUACCCUCUAGUUUAAACGUGAACGUGGCUGUAAUAUAGCCACCCUUGUAGUACCCUGAAAUAAACGAUCAGUAUUUGACCUGA